ACUACUUAUAUUUCUUAUUAGUUCCCUAGUUGGGCUCUGAAGAUUGCCAGUUGCCCUUGGAAAAAGUCUAGACGCAGCGGUCAUGGAUUCACCUAAGAAAGAAACAGGAUUCCUGGAUAAGGCUUCACUGUACGCGUGGUUUAAUUUUGUGCCAUUACCCGAAAACUCUGACCGUUACCCACCGAUUUCAUUGUCAGCCCCUCCUUCUACGGAAAACGAGUCCCAGGACACGAAUUCCGAUCCAAAAGAUGGAGAACACUUGGUCGAAAAUGGGAUUAUUACCCACGAUUUGAUUGUUAAAAGCAAUGUAUUCCAGGACCCCGCUAUACGCAUGGGAUUCGUCCGCAAGGUUUUUGGAAUCCUUUUGGUCCAAUUACUAUUCACGUUGGCUGUGAUAGCAAUAUUUUCUUACCACCAACCCACCAAGGACUUUAUGCAGGAGAACUUCCUCCUAGUUCUUGUCGCCAUGAUCGUUAACAUAAUCGUUCUGAGCACGAUCGUUUGUGUGGAGAACGUGCGACGAAGGCAUCCUGUCAACCUGAUUUGCCUGGCUCUGUAUACCUUCACCAUGUCGGUGCUCCUGGGGACCGCAUCGAGCCUAAUGGAUUCCAACGUGGUAAUCUCGGCCGUGGCCAUUACCACACUCCUUGUCAUCGCUCUUUCCAUCUACGCCGUGCAAACCAAAUACGAUUACACAGCUGCUGGAGGGGUCAUAUUGACCUUUGUGCUAAUCCUCCUCGUCUUAUCAGUGUGUGGUCUUUGGAUGCCCGAUUUCGUAGACAGCUUGCCAAUAACUUGCCUAUGCACCUUUAUUGGCUGCUUUUUCCUAAUCGCCGAUAUGCAGUCGAUAGUGGGCGGCAAUCGUUCGGAACAGUUGGAUCCCGAGGAAUACGUAUUCGCGGCUCUCACUCUGUACGUCGAUGUGGUUCGCCUAUUCAUUUACAUCCUUCGAAUUUUAGAAAAAUUCUAUUAGUAUAGCUAAUCCUAGCCACAGCCCUUGAAAACAACGUGUUGCGUUCUUCUUUCUAAGCUUUGCAG